AUUUUUUAUUAUUUGUUAGUUAAUUAAUUAACACAAGUUAUUCUUAAAGAUUUUUACAUAUUUAUUUUCCAAAUGGAGUCUUAAAUAUAAUAAGAGGAUUAGGGGAAUACUCUUUAACAACACCCAUUUAGACCAUAACAUUAAGAUAUAAAAUUAUUUACUUUUUUGAUUGAUUCAGCAAUUACAAAUAGAUACUAUUUAUUAAUUGGCCUUUUUGCUCAUUAUGGAGUUGUAAGUCUCUACUUUACGCUUGCUCAGAUGAAGAAUGAUUCAAAGUUAAAUGAAAAAAAUAAGAGCCACGCAAAAAAAAAAUUUAAGAUCACUAUAAUUGGAUUAUAUUGGUGGUUUUUAGCUUCAAUUUUCUAGUUUGAAUCAUUUUUUUGGAUAUUAUGGCUUAUAUUGAUUGCUAAAACUUUAUAGAAUUAUGAUUAUCUAAUUAAGUAUUUAGAUAUAUUUAGUUGUGGAAAUAUAGGCUUUUUUGUGUAUGCAAUAUAAAGUAUGCUAAAUAUGUCUGGAAUUGAAAUAUUUGUCCCUUCAAUAUGUAUUCUAUUUUUUUUAGGACUCUUUAAGACAAUAAUGUAAUAAAUUUUAUCCGAAAAAUGAUUUAAAAUACAAUUUCGUAAAACUAGGCUAAGAUUAGAGAGAACAACCUUCAUAAGCAGAGUAUGCUUUGGCUUCAGCGUAGGAUACAUAACUGCUUUAGUCUUACAUAAAUUAUAAGGCUAAUAUUGGAAGGAACUAGAAGAUGGUUAUUUAAUUUCUUUAUUAGUUAUUGGAUUUUUAGCCCACAUUGUCCUAAUUAGCUAUUCGAAAGAAGAUGGCAAAUUAUAAUAAGAAGAAGAAAAGAAGAACAAUUGAUGAAUAACCUAAGAAUUUAGCUAAAAAUAUUUAAUUAUUAACUAUUUAUAGAUCAUAUUCUUUUAUAAUUAAUUACAAUGUAAUUUUUAUAAAAUCAAAACCAAAUUAUAUUGAUUUCGGCGUAUUUAUAAUACAAUUCUUACUCUUAUAUCAAAUUUUAAUUUUAUAUUCAAAAUUAAUUUUUCUAAUUUACUUACGAACUUUUUUUCAAUCAAAUCAUAAAAAGUCAAUAGAGAAUUUCUUUUGCAAACUAAAAUCAUUAGCCAACUUGUUUACUCAAGAUUUCUUUGUUUUUUAUUUGAGAAGUGAUUUUAAAAAUAAUAUUUAUUUUUUAUAGAUUUUGCAUUUGUUUUGA